ACUUGUAGUUAUCAUGCUAGGCUUGUUUAGUGAUUUCACCUUUCUAUUGAUCUAUCUAAGAUGGAGCCUAAGGUGUAUCAGUUGCAGGAUGUGGGUCGUUACAUCUCUGCAAGCUGCCAAAGAAGCUAGGGGAGCAAUAUCUGUAAUGAUUGAGGCCACACUAUCUCCCGGACCUUCCAUUUACAAUAUACGCCGACAUGGUGAUAGUAGUUGUUUGCAAGAAACAGGUUUUCGGGACGACACUGGUAACUUCUUUGCAGCAAAGGAAUGGGUUGGGUCUGGAGAGCAAGGUUUUGCUAUUGGCAGCGAGGAGAGACUUAGCCGCUUGACCGGAUAUUUCUCUGAACUGGCUGCAGCAGCGUUCGUCUUCAGAGGUGGUGUCAAAAGAGUUCACUUGUUGGAUGGUACUCAAAGCAGAGUGCUAUUGUUAGAGCUUUUCAAAAGAGAUGGAAUGGCUACUGAGCUUUGGAUUCGUUUGUGCGGCUUUUUCCAUUUCUUUGAAGAAAAAUGGGGAGAAGUUGCAGUAAUCGCAGUUUCAUCAGAUUGCUGUGUACAAUGCCAGGGAGAUAAAUUUCUCGGGAAUCAUAUCCAGUUGUCUGUCUUACUUCAUGAUCUUGUUUUCGAUAAUUCUUUCUCCAUGGAUAAGCACCAGAUCAAGAGGUCUAGGACAAAAUGGCUUUGCAUCUUAUUAUUCGAGUUCUUAUUUCUACAUUUUAUCUUGGAUAUCUUUUUUGAAGAGAACGACGAUAUUAAUUCAACCCUUCUUUUCGAGAGUUCAAUCUUCAUGGAUGUGCACCAAAUCAAGAGUACAAGUGUUCUAAUGUGUUUUUCCUUGUGCUAUAUCUACAUGAUUGUUAGAGAAGUCUGGUGGAAAUGGCUCUGCUUUGCUGGUUUUGGAGUGCUGAUUUCUAAAUUUUGUCUUCUGAAGUUGGCUGUGCUUGAAGUGAACUAUUCAUUUCGCACUGAUUUGGCUUUUGGAAUGGCAUUAUUUUGCUUGGGUUCGAAUUUGAUGAUAAGGUGUCUAAGAUCACUUUAACAUGUUUUCACAUAUUACACGCAACUUCAGAAAAAACUUUGGUGCAAAAAAUGUUGUACUCACGAUCAGAAAAAUGUUAUGAAGGUUAGUAUCUUUGAGCUCCAAACAGCCAUUGCAUUUGUAUUCGUAAGCUAUCAGGUUUUUUCUUUACUGUGUUAGGUUAUUGGUUGUGUGUAAAGGCCGCUGAUUCAAUGCAUUUUGUAGCAGGAAUGAUACUGAUUUUUCUGCAGAGAAUGACUUAUUACUGCUCUUCGUAUUGAGGGUUUACUUUUCAUGGAUGUGCAUCAUAAAAGGUUUUUUAUUUU